AUGAUGGGUGCCGAUAAGGAAGUCACCGAAAAGGAGUCCAAAUCAACAACAUCCGCCCGGGAGUCCUUCUUCCUCGACUUUGCCAGAGAGCUAAGGAUCAGGGUGCCCAACACUAUCCUCAUGGUCACGGGUGGAUUCCGCUCGCGCGUAGGUAUGGAGGCGGCCCUCGCCCAAAACGCCUGCGACCUCAUCGGCAUCGCUAGGCCCGCGGUGCUCAAGCCAGCGCUUCCCAAGGAGGUCAUCCUCAACUCGGAAAUCAGCGACGAGGACGCGAGAGUGGACGCUAAACGCAUUGAAGCGCCUUGGAUCAUCAAGAAGCUGGCUCCUAAGCCGGUCGGAGCGGGCGUUGAGAGUUCUUGGUAUAGCAAGAAGAUUCAACAGAUGUGA